AGAGUCAUAGCCACAGUCAUUCGCUACACACAACUGCCCACGUAAUGAGCUACAAAAUCUGCCUAAUUGCGCUUGCUGCGCUCAUUUGCUCGCAAGCUGUGCUCGCCAAGCCUUUGGAUGAGCCGGCGCCGGCUGAAUCACAGCUGGUGGUCGAGGAGCAGCCAACUGCUGGUGCAACAGCAGCUCCACUGGAUGCCAGCAGCGUACCCGAGCAGUGCCAUCAGCCCAAGGAGACGGGUCGCUGCUUUGCGCUCUUCUAUCGCUUUGCCUACAAUUUGGAUACGCACGCGUGUGAGGAGUUUGUCUAUGGCGGCUGUGCCGGCAAUAGCAACAACUUUGAGUCCAAGGAGCAGUGCGAACAGCUUUGCUUGGGCAAGGCAGCGCCAGUGGCAGCAACAGCUUCCAGCACAGAGCAGAGCACAGAGCUGACUACGGAGCAAAUCGUCGUGGAGAGCAGCAGCAGCAGCUCGAACUAGUUUUGACGCCAGCAGCAGCAGCACAAAUUAAAAUUCAAUUAUUUAU